AACGCGUUUGAGUUUCAAUGCUGUAUUAAGAUUCUUUCUCUCUCUCUCUCUCUCUCUGUGUUGUGUGUGGAUAAAUCUCUGCUGCUGCUGUUGAUCAACACAUCUAGAUUUUUGUUGAAAACGUGUCAAUGAUUCUACCAAAACUGAAACUUACAAAAGAUUGACAACAGGCUUUGAUUUUGCAGAGUUUUUGAUCCAUCUGUUCUUUGAUUUUGGUUUCUUCUUCUUCUUUCUUUGAAUGAAACAGAAAUAGAAACAGAGACCCAUUCCUGAUUCUCUUUAUUCCAUUAUUUUUUUUCCCAAUUUGUCUUGUUUUGUGGAGUUACAGAUUUUUUUAUUUGAGUGGGAGAAACUGGUAGUGUAGGGUGAAACUGAAAGUGAAAGUGAAGACGAGAAGAAGAGGAGGAAAAGGGAGGGUUGUAUUUAUUUAUUUUUUGAUUUAUUUAUUUAUGGUGAUUUUGGUGGUGUGAAUAAUUGUAAAUGGAAAAGAGAUUGGGUUUUUGAGGAGGAGGUGGGGUUUUGAUUUUGAAGUUUUAUUGGUUUUUGGAGAAGAAGAAGAUGGUUACAGGAGGUAAACUUAUUGCUGGUUCACAUAACAGGAAUGAGUUUAUAUAUGUAAAUGUUGAUGACAUUGGAAAAGUUAAAUAUGUGAAAGAAUUGAGUGGGCAAAUAUGUGAAAUUUGUCGAGAUGAAGUAGAGAUUACUGCUGAAGGAGAGCUAUUUGUUGCCUGUAAUGAAUGUGCAUUUCCUGUUUGUAGAAAUUGCUAUGAAUAUGAAAGAAGAGAAGGUAGUCAAUCUUGUCCACAGUGUAAAACUAGAUAUAAUCGUAUCAAAGGUAGUCCGAGAGUUGAAGGAGAUGAAGAUGAGGAUGAUGUUGAUGAUUUGGAGAACGAAUUAGGUUAUUACCACGGGCAAUACCUCAUAGAGCAAGAGCUAUCUGCUCGUCUUAAGAUAGCGCCUGCACAUCGGAAUAGUGCUGGUGCAUCUAGUAUUGCUUCCUCGUCUUUGAACCCUGACAUUCCUCUUUUGACUUAUGAUCAAGAGGAUGCUCUUGUUUCACCAGAACAUCAUGCUCUUAUUAUUCCUGCAUUUUUGGGUGGUGGCAACCGGGUUCAUUCCACCCCAUCUCUUGAUUCAUCCUUAUCUUUGCAACCAAGAUCAAUGGAUCCUUUAAAGGACACAUCAUUAUAUGGAUAUGGAAGUGUUGCAUGGAAAGAGCGUGUUGAGGAGUGGAAGAAAAGGCAGAAUAAUAAACUCGAUGUUAUUAAGCACCAAAAUGUAAAUGGCGAUGGGAACUAUGAUGAGGAUGACUGGGACGAUCCCGAUUUGCCCAAGAUGGACGAAGGCAGACAACCACUUUCAAGAAAAUUAUCUAUUCCUUCAAGCAAGAUCAAUCCUUACAGAUUGAUAAUUUUAUUCAGGAUAGUGGUUCUUGGAGUCUUUUUUCAUUAUAGAAUUCUCCACCCUGUUGAUGAAGCAUUUGGGUUAUGGUUGACAUCAGUCAUCUGCGAGAUAUGGUUUGGUGUUUCUUGGAUUCUUGAUCAGUUCCCCAAAUGGUGCCCUAUUGAGAGAGAAACUUACCUUGACCGGUUGUCACUUAGGUAUGAAAAGGAAGGAAAAUCAUGUGAGCUGGCCAACAUUGAUGUGUUUGUGAGUACUGUUGAUCCUUUGAAAGAACCGCCACUUAUCACAGCAAAUACUGUUCUAUCCAUCCUAGCCGUUGAUUAUCCGGUAGAAAAAGUUGCUUGUUAUGUCUCUGAUGAUGGAGCUGCCAUGCUUACAUUUGAAGCUCUAUCAGAGACGUCUGAGUUUGCAAGGAAGUGGGUUCCUUUUUGCAAAAAGUUUAAUAUUGAGCCUCGAGCUCCGGAGUGGUACUUCUCGAAGAAAAUUGACUAUUUGAAAGAUAAGGUUCAUCCAGCUUUUGUUAAAGAAAGGCGCGCAAUGAAGAGAGAAUACGAGGAAUUCAAAGUUCGAAUAAAUGCAUUGGUUGCCAUGGCGGAGAAGGUCCCUGAGGAUGGCUGGACAAUGCAGGAUGGAACACCAUGGCCUGGUAACAACGUUCGGGACCAUCCGGGAAUGAUCCAGGUUUUCCUCGGUCAUAAUGGUGUCUGUGAUGUUGAAGGGGACACAUUACCUCGUUUGGUGUAUGUUUCUCGUGAGAAAAGACCAGGCUUUGAUCACCAUAAAAAAGCUGGGGCCAUGAACUCUUUGGUAAGAGUUUCGGCAGUCAUUUCCAAUGCUCCAUACCUUCUGAAUGUCGACUGUGAUCAUUAUAUUAACAACAGUAAGGCACUCAGAGAAGCCAUGUGCUUCAUGAUGGACCCCACAUCAGGAAAGAAAAUUUGUUACGUUCAGUUUCCUCAGAGAUUUGUUGGAAUUGAUCGACAUGACAGAUACUCAAAUCGCAAUGUUGUGUUUUUUGAUAUCAACAUGAAAGGACUUGAUGGGAUCCAGGGUCCUAUUUAUGUCGGAACAGGGUGUGUUUUCAGAAGGCAAGCAUUGUAUGGACACGAUGCCCCUGUAACGAAGAAACCACCUGGAAAAUCAUGUAACUGUUUGCCAAAAUGGUGUUGUCUUUGUUUUGGGUCGAAAAGGAAAAACAAGAAAACCAAACCGAAGGAGAAGAAAAAGAAAAUGAAACUUAGGGAAACAUCAAAGCAGAUUCAUGCGCUCGAAAGUAUAGAAGAAGGAAUGGAUGGAUUAGAUAAUGAUAAGUCUCACCUGAUUGCUCAACUGAAGUUUGAGAAAAUAUAUGGGCAAUCACCAGUUUUCAUAGCUUCAGCUCUUCUAGAAAAUGGUGGACUUGCAUGCGAUGCUAGUUCUUCUUCUCUCUUGAAAGAGGCCAUUCAUGUCAUUAGCUGUGGUUAUGAAGAUAAAACUGAGUGGGGCAAAGAGGUUGGCUGGAUAUAUGGUUCUGUCACUGAGGAUAUUCUGACGGGUUUCAAGAUGCAUUGCCAUGGAUGGAGGUCUGUUUACUGCAUUCCGAAGAGGCCAGCAUUUAAAGGAUCAGCCCCCAUUAACCUUUCAGAUCGGUUGCAUCAGGUCAGUAGGUGGGCCCUUGGAUCGGUAGAAAUAUUGUUUAGCAAGCACUGCCCACUCUGGUACGGCUAUGGAUGUGGCCUGAAGCCGUUGGAACGAUUUUUCUACAUAAAUUCAGUGGUCUACCCCUUAACAUCCAUUCCCUUGAUUGCUUACUGUACUUUACCAGCAGUCUGCCUCAUCACCAACAAGUUCAUAAUCCCCGAGAUAAGCAGCUAUGCCAGCAUAGUGUUCAUGGUUCUCUUCAUAACUAUAGCGGCAACAGGCAUCCUUGAAAUGCAAUGGGGAGGUGUUGGGAUAGAUGACUGGUGGAGGAAUGAGCAGUUCUGGGUAAUCGGUGGUGUUUCUGCACAUCUUUUUGCUCUCUUUCAAGGUUUACUGAAGGUUUUAGCUGGAGUUAACACGAACUUCACUGUAACAUCAAAAGGAGCAGAUGAUGGAGAAUAUUCAGAGUUAUACCUAUUCAAAUGGACUUCUUUAUUGCUUCCUCCAUUGACGUUAUCGAUCAUCAAUAUACUUGGGUUAGUUAUAGGAAUUUCAAAUGCCAUCAACACGGGAUAUGAUUCAUGGGGUCCACUGUUCGGUAAGCUAUUCUUUGCGUUCUGGGUUAUUGUUCAUCUCUACCCAUUCCUCAAGGGAGUGAUGGGGAAACAGGAUAAACUGCCUACCGUUAUUAUAGUUUGGUCGAUUAUUCUUUCCUCCAUUUUGACACUUGUAUGGGUUCGGAUGAACCCAUUCGUAAAAAGAGAUGGUCUCAUAUUAGAACCUUGUGGGUUGGAUUGCAAAUAAAUGAAAGUUUUUAGAUAUUGUCCCAAGUUAUAAUGUAGAUGAGAAGAAAAAAUAUAUAUCAUCCCUCUUGACACAAUUUUGUGUGAUAGAAAGAGUCACGAGGGUUCCGAAUGAGUCGAGAAAAGAAAAGUUAGAGAGUAAUGUAUAUGUAAUACUACAGUCUUUAGAUUUUGUUCCGUGUUUCCAUUCAUUAUUUUGAUUUACAGAAGAGUGGUAAGAAUGUUUUUGUGAAGUGCAGAAAGUGUUGUGCCUGUAACUGAAAAUAUAAAUCUGUUGUUCAAGCCUUGUUAUAUUUCCCCGUGUUAAAACGGGAUUUCGUGA